UUCAUCUCUUGCUUUCUCUCUCCCUCUAUCGAAGGGCAUCAGUUCCUGUCUCCAGAAAAAAGCCCCAAAACCGCCUUUCUCCUUCCCCGCUCGUCUGCGUCUUCGACGCUAAGAUUCAUCGUCUUCCUCAGAAUCAGAAGAAGAGAAAAGAUGAGCCGGAGACAACUUCUUGCGGCUACACUGGUCUUAUCUUUCCUUGGCGCCAUGGUUCGCAUCCCCGUAGUCUUCUCCACAGGGUUAGAUAAUGGAGGUGAUGUGGAUUUCACGCAAAGGACGGAUGCAUCAUCUUCUUCUCCUCCACAUCGCAAGCUGCUGCUUCUCUCUCCAGAGGCGAAAGGGAGAAAGGAGCCAGAAAAGUUAGGAGAGAAAUGUCGGAGGACAGACAUAGCGGUGAGCCAAGCAAACACGGAGCCGCUUCCAAGUGGAAUCCCAACGUUCAAAGUGGAGAUAACGAACGAAUGCGAGACGGGGUGUCCGAUAUGGAACAUACACUUCAACUGCGGAUGGUUCAGUUCAGCGACACUCAUCAAACCAAACGUGUUCAAGCGCAUACGCUACGACCUUUGUCUCGUCAACGGAGGCACCCCUUUGCCUUUCGGCGAGUCCCUCUCCUUCCAGUACGCUAACAGUUACCCUUACUCUCUCUCCGUUUUCUCCCUCUCUUGCUAGUUUCUUACUUUUCGAUUUUUAAAAUGAAAAUACUAUACCUUACA